AUGACAACUACAAAAGUUUCUCAACUCAUCUUUUGCGCUGUCAUCAUCACAUCUAAUCUUAUUUUGUCCUUCGAUGUUGAGCAGUAUAAGCAGGUGGUGCAAACUAUUCGAGAUGCUGCCGAGUUCCAUGCCUCCACCAUAUUCCUCUCUUUCCAGUCCUUUUCUGACUCCAUAACUGUGGAAGCAGACACUUUGGGAGAAACCUUCCCGUUUGUUACAAUUCCAUCCUUCGAAGCACUGGCAGCUCAUGUUCGCUCAACCACUGGAGUGGAGUUGGUCAUCUGGCAUUCACUGGUAAACAUGGAACAGCUGGAAGAAUGGAAAAACUACACCACAACCAACUAUAAGGCCAACCUGGCAAGGAGCCGUGCUAUAGCGCUUGUGCUACAACAGGAAGGGUCCUCUCUCAAGCCCAGUGACUUUGUGGAAGGCAAUAUCCCCCCAUAUCCUUACAUCCCAAAUUUUGAAGAGGGAGGAAUCAUCUUGGCCCCUACUUAUGGAGAUGGGCCCUACUAUCCUGCAUGGAUGGUGUCUCCCCCUAUUUUCAAUCCAAGCUUCAUCAACAGUGACCCAGCUCCUUGGGUUAUGAAAGGAGGAAUCACCGCUGUUAAUGAAGCACAUCGUCUGGUGUUGACGGAUGCCCUCCCAGUUGAGAAUCUUGCUAACCGUGCCAUCAAGCUUGAGGACCACGAAGCGUACCAUGCUUCCUUGGUGGAUUAUGUUAACGAGGAAGGUGGGACUGCCUUCUCCCAUCCACAUUCCGCAGUCAUGGUUCCGGUCUUUGAAAAGCUCAAUGAUUCUACGUCAACAAUAGUCGGAUGCUUUUCAGUGAUUUUCCCUUGGGACCGAUAUUUGGUCAACCUGCUGCCUGAAGGUGUCAAAGGGAUUACAUGUAUCCUGCGCAACACCUGUGGCAAGGCAUGGACGUAUGAGCUUUCCGGCAACUCUGCAUUCUACAGAGGAGAAGGUGAUUUCCAUGAUCCAGCCUAUACUGACACUGAAGUGGUUUUGCCAUUCCGUGAUCCUUCUCGGCAAAGCGGCACUGAAACGGUGGAUAAGGAGUGUGACUAUUCAUACCACAUAUACGCAACAAAGGAGUUUGAGGAGGAAUUCCAAUCCCAUCAUCCCUGGGCGUUGAUGCUGAUUAUGGCUACUACCUUUGCCAUCAUGAUAAUUACAUUUAUCAUUUACGAUCGAUUCAACACAAAGAGAAAUGAGAAGGUUGUUGGUCAUGCCACCAAGACAAAUGCAAUUGUAUCCUCCCUCUUCCCUUCUGAUGUCAAGAACCGUUUACUAGAGGAGGAAGAAGAGAAAAAACGUCAGCUUCAGAAGUCAGCAGAUCCUGUGAGCAACUUUCUGAACACUGCGGAAAUGCAGACCUCUGGGCUGCUGGAGGGUGACGAGGGGAGCAGCAACCCGAUAACAAAGUCCGACCCCAUUGCCAAUCUAUAUCCUGACUGCACAGUUUAUUUUGCUGACAUUGCUGGCUUCACUUCCUGGUCCUCUUCCAGGCAGCCAGUUGAUGUAUUUAGGCUGUUGGAGGCUAUUCACUCAGAAUUUGAUCUCAUCUGCAAGCGACGAGGUGUCUUCAAAGUGGAGACUAUCGGAGAUUGUUAUGUUGUCAUUACAGGUAUCCCCCAGCAAUCUGAAGACCAUGCAGUUACCAUGGCGAAAUUUGCUUGGGAUACCGGUACGCAAGACAGGAUGCGUGAUUCAACCAAUACACUUAGGUCGACGCUGGGGGAAGAUACUGGAAACCUGGAUCUUCGAAUAGGCUUGCACUCUGGCCCAGUCACAGCAGGAGUCCUUCGAGGAGAAAAGUCACGCUUCCAGUUGUUCGGUGAUACAGUCAACACUACAUCGAGGAUGGAAUCCAAUGGAGUCAAGGGGAAAAUCCAACUCUCUGAGGCUACAGCACAGAGUCGACGUGAGCAAGGCAAAGGCGGUUGGUUGACCCCACGAGAAGACCUCAUUGAGGCCAAAGGAAAAGGCAAAAUGCAAACUUUCUGGCUGGAAAAUGUGCGGCGCACGCCCUCCUAA